UUGCCAGAAUCGUAAUGGGGUAUGUGACCAUGUGAUAUGGCUAAUUAUUAACAGGUAUAAUAUCUCGAUUUUUUUUCUUCUUCUUUUUUUUUAAAUCCUUUCAAAGAAAUUUUUAUAUUAUAUAUAUUCAUAUAUAUAUAUGCUUAUAAAUUCCUAACUUUAACUGUAUAGACUCUUUAUGUCUAUAUAUGUAUAUACAAAAUCGUUCCGAUAAGAUUCUUCUCCAAAACUGACUUGAGAUUCACUUUUCAUUGAAUUUCAAACAAAUCGAAAUAUUCCUUCAAAUAUUUCUUCGACAAGAAGAAAAUGUCGAUGGCGAUCGUCUUCGUGUACGGUUACGUAUGUACACGUUGUACACGUAUUUUUCGGUACAAUGGUAUAACUAUAAUAUAAAGGGACCAUUCGUGACAAUAGUAGAAUCGGACAAAAGAAGAUUCCAUGAAACUUCCUGUUCUCGAAGCAUUGCAAUAUCAAAAUUCGCUGUACAUAAAAUGUAAGACGUCGAAAAUAAUUCUUAAUUUUUUUUCUUAACUUUUUUCUUAACUUUUUUUUUCAAGCAAAUUUUACAAAGCGAUAAUCGUUUUAUCAUUCUUGAUUCUGUCCGUAAAUUAGAAUUAUCUUCUAAGACGACGCGAGUCUUAACUCGUGUGACAUUGCGAAAGAGUCGUGCAUUCCAACGAAAAAAAAAAGGAGAAAAAGAUUAUUUUCAACAAAGAAAGAACGAAGCUUUAAAGAACGAAGACCAAAUUCGCGUUGCUGAAUGCACAAUUCCACGAGCAAAACUGGUUUCUGGCAGACAAUUAAUUCAAUCGGGACAAGUCGUCUUUCCUUGCGAUGAUCCGAUUUAUGACUUAUUAAAUGCUAUUUAUUAAAACCUCUUAACGAUCAGUAUCCUUGAAAUAUUUCUUACACCUCGUAAUUAGCCGAACUUUAAGUUAAUUACGCUAUUUAACGUCCUUACGCUAUUACCAUUUACGAAUGAAUUAUGAAUAAAAUGAUAAAAAAUUUAUAUUAAUUUCAAUUUUAAUUAUUACAUUCUGAAUCAAUGAUAGAUAAUGAUUAACCAUUAAAAUAUUCAAAAACAAAUAAAUAUUAUCUAUAAUUAUUAAAGAUUGCAUUUAUAAGUAAUAACAAUCUUAAAUAGAGCUUCAAAGUAACAUUAAAUAUUCGAAAACAAAUAAAUAUUAUAUAUAAUAAUUAAAGAUCACGUUCGUAAUUAACAACGAUGUGAAAUAAAAUUUCAGAUUAAUAUAAAUUAAAUAAAUAUCUUAUUAUCGAUAUUUAUGUAUAUCGAUCGUGUAGCAAGUGUAUUCGUAGAAGAAUAAGGAUCGUUAAGUCCUCCUACAUAAAGUAUAAUGUUUCCAUGUCAGUUACAGGAAGUAACGCGAUACAGUUGGCUUCCGAACACGUGCGAACGCUUAAGCAUAAUAACACUUUUAAAACGGUUACUGACCGGACGAAGAUAACGCGAUUAAACGUUACAAAUAUCGAUAUGUAAAUGAAAAAAGAAAAAAAAAGAAACGUUUAGCAAAACAAUUAUAAGAAGAUUGAAAGAUCGACGUUUCAUCGUACUUCAUAUUCAUCAAAUACAUUUAAAUUAAACAAAAAUAUAUAUAUAUUAAUAAAAUAAUUUAAUAAUUGUUAAAUAUAUAUAUAUAUAUAUAUAUAUAUAUAUAUAUAUAUAUAUAUAUAUAGUAAAUACAUUUCGUAGCUGCCGUUUUUUGAUAUCACAAUACCGAAUGAGAAUCACUGAUGAACAGAAGGGCGCGUGCCAAGGGCUCGCAUCUGCCGCAUUUGGUUUUGCAGCCCCUCAGUUCUUACUAGAACAGUACUACCUAUCAAUGUGUGAGUCUCCGGUUACAAAAAAGAAACGCUUCCGCAGGAAGCGAUGCCAGAAUCUUUAUAACGCAUUUCCUUUUUUCAUUCUAAAGGAUUCUUCCUCUUUGCCGUUAAGGUAAAAGAUAUCUUUUGGAAAAGUGAAACUUGAAGAUCUCGAUGAAAACACUUGCUAGAUCAUCUGUUUACUCUAUUUUCACUUUUACAUGUAUUUCGCAAUAGGAUCAUUCGUAAAUGUAUUCCAAAAAUUGUUUUUUUAAUUAUUUUAAACGUUUAUACGAACAAUCUUUGUAAUAAUUUUUUUUUUUAUACAAAUAUCUGACGAUAUGUUAUAUAUUUAAUUUAUUUUACGCAAAGCUUUUAAAUAAAUUCAUAAAUAUAUUAAUAUUUAUUCGUACGCAUUCAUGCGUAUGCCUGUGUGUAACUUAAUUAAAAAACGUAAAUUAUAAUCGAAAAAAUAACGUUAAGUAUUGAAAAACGAUUAAAUAUUGUACAAAAUAUUGUAAAAGAAGAAUUAAUAAACCUAAUUAAAAGCAUACGUUUAAUUUAGAACGAAACGGUAAAUUUAGUACACGCGAUUUCGAGAGAGAUUAUAAGAGGGGUUGCGUUCGUGGGCACUCCAAAGGUAAAAUACGUUCCUGAAACAGGGCCCAAAGAAGGGGACGAAAGGCAGGUAAGCAGCUGCGAGCAUCUGCAGGGAGAGCGGCAGCCGUGGGCAGCCUCAUGUUUGAAUUAGUCCCGACACAACUGUCGUUCGUGCAACAUGUAUCGAAGAACGUUACUAAAAUUUCGAAGAAAUAAUCAGUUAUACUAAUUUCAAAUACGAAUGAUAUCAAUUUUUGUUAAAAUUUGUGCUUGUAAAAUGUACAAAGAUAGGUAUUUUUGGCGAUAACUGUUAGGGAAAGAAAAGGUUCAUCUUAUUCGCGAUGUUAUUCUAGUUUAAUCUUUAUUUUAAAAUGACACUAACAGACUGACAUAUUGAAAGAAUAUCUCGUUGUUAAUAUAAAAGACAAAAUAAGAAUAGUAUCUAUAUAAGAUAAUUUUUAAAAAAUCGUAAGGGGUGAAACGAGUGGAAACAGAAACCGAUCAAAUGACUGUAUAAAGUAUAUAAAAUUUAGAAGAAGAAGAAGAAGAAGAAAAGGAGAAAAUGGAGAAAAUGUUGAUACUCCGAUUAAUCGUGAUAUUUGGUGUAUGCUCGUCGAUUCAGUGCGAUUUGUUGGAUUUGUACGUCCAACACAUGGACGAGACAAUGAGGACGAUGGCGUAUAGGAAGGCUCAUCAUUCUAAGAAUCUUUCGAGCAGGUUAAAACGUAGUCUACAGGACGAGCCACUGUUAAGAGUUCAGAGUAUGUUCAAAAAACAACGUCUGGAUGUCGAUGAGGAAUAUUGGAAGCAAAGAAACAAGGAACUUGUACCGUACGGAGAAGACGGGCUAGAUUUUCCAAACGAUAGAGAAGAAAAUAUGGAUCCCAGUCAGUACGAGUUAAUGAGAAACUCAACGGAUAGUAAUAUUUCUUUGAACUCCGAAGAAACAACAACGGAUACGACGAUGGCCGACGAAAAUAAUGACGCUUCUGUAGAAAUAGAAUCCAUGAUGAAUGAAUCGCGAACUGAUGGUAACGGCACUGAAGAAAAUAUUGAGUUGGACGAGUCGAACGAUAGUCUGGAAGAAUUGCAACCAGAUUUAGAUGAGUUAAAAGGAAACGUCGAAAUUAUCGAGGAUUGGAAAUUUUUAGAAAAGAAAAUAGAAAACGACGAGAAACCUGAUCAUAUCGAAAUCGUUAAUGAAGAAGAACUGGAAGAACAAGAAGAACGAGAAGAACAAAUAGAACGAGAAGAAGAAGAACGAGAAGAAGAAGAAAUUGAAAAAGUUUUGUCGGCUUCUACGGUUUUCAGUGAGACCACCUACAAGAAAGCUCCGAAGCCAUGGAGUCGCGUGCCAAAGAAAUAUUUUCCGGGCUUCGACAAGGUCCCAAAGGAAUCACACGUCGGCAAGGGUUAUUACACGCCGUCCAACGAAGAUGCCGACGUGAUCAGAUCAAAGAGAAGCACAAAGGAGAGAAAAUUUCCGAGGUACGAGAGACUCGACGAGGAUGGUAACGUCAUCCUCGAAUGGGAUCCUACCGACGAAGAGACGAUCACGUUCAGGAUAACGGCGAGAACCCUGGGCUACGUUGGAAUUGGAUUCAACGAGAAGAGUCACAUGAAGGGAGCGGACAUUCUUCUCGCUUGGGUAGACGAUCACACUAGGGCUGUCAAUCUUCUGGAUUCGCACGGUAUCGAAGAGUCGAACGCAGCACCGGUUACAGACACUUCUCAAGAUGUUCAUGUUCUCGAGGGUUUUCAAAAUGAGACUCACACGAGCAUAACUUUCAUCAGAAAUUGGCAGACUUGCGACCCGCAGGAUCAUCGACUUACGGGCGAUACCGUAAGAGUCUUAUGGGCUUUGCAUCAAAGCGAUCCCGAAUUAAAUACAGCGAUUUGGCAUGGUGACAAACGUGGUGGAAGAGCGUUACGACUCAGAACACCAUCGCCUCAUGCUCCACCUCAGGAAAUGCAGGAUAUAAGACAUUGGGACGUGAAAUUGAAUCAGUUUACGGUAUCUGAUACGAUGGAUACCGUUUAUUGGUGCAAAAUCUUUAAGGCACCAUCUUUAACUAAGAAGCAUCAUAUGAUCGGAUAUACGCCUCUGGUGGAGAAAGCAAACGAGGACUUGGUACAUCAUGUGAUAGUAUAUGAGUGUGCUUCAACUUCACCGAUUCUCGGUCAGCAUGCUAGAAUCGCUGGUGCACCUUGUUAUAGUCCCACGAUGCCACGUGAAUGGGAAUCCUGUUUGCAGCCUGUCUUGGCCUGGGCCCGUGGUAGCAGAGGAGAAUGGCUUCCAGAUCAUGUGGGAAUUCCUAUAGCCGAGCACCAAGAAGGUUCUUAUUAUAUGUUGGAAGUACAUUAUAAUAAUCCUGGGUUAAAAAAAGUAAUAGAUAGCAGCGGAGUUAGAAUUCAUUUAACUCCAAAACUUCGCGCUCAAGAGGCAGGAAUUCUUGUUGCUGGUGUAGCAGUCAGUCCACUUCAUUUGGUACCUCCGAGACAGAAGGAAUAUGCUACUGCUGGAUAUUGUACGCCACAUUGCACGAAUACCAUGUUUCCCGAAGAUGGUGUAAACGUUGUGUCAGUGGUAUUGCAUUCUCAUCUGGCUGGUCGACGUUUGAGUUUGAAACAUAUUCGUAAAGGAAAAGAACUUCCUCGAAUAGUACAGGACAAUCAUUUUGAUUUCGAUUAUCAACAAUCGCAUACUUUGGAGAAGGAAGUGAAAAUUUUACCAGGUGACGAAUUGGUCGCUGAAUGCGUUUACAGAACGUUGGAUAGAACAAGACCAACGCUAGGAGGAUAUGCAGCGUCGCAAGAAAUGUGUUUAGCGUUCGUUGUACAUUAUCCAAGAACACCAUUGGCAGCUUGCUAUAGUAUGACACCUGUCAAAGAUCUUUUCAAAACUCUUGCCGUAUAUAGCUUCAAAGGUGUCACUAUGGAUCAUUUGGAGAAACUUUUCUUAACUACCGGAGCUGAUCCAGUGAGUCUACCUUCUACGGCCAGACAACAACUUCCUGUUUAUCCUGCGACGAGACCUAGCGAACAAAUCGACGAGGAUAUUAUCAGAGAAGCAGAGUCCGCAUUGAAAGCAAUGAGAGAUUAUUCGGAGGAACGUGAAAAUGAUAAUGUCUUUGCCCGACUUAUCAUCGAAGAACCUGAAGAAUUUCGAGGUCGAACUUUAGCAGAACAUAUACUUGCUUUACCCUGGACCGAAGAACUUCUUGCUAGAUCGAUCGAAAAAAGUCUUUAUCAUGGUAGACACAUGACAUUUUGUAGGAAAAGAGACGACAAAUUGGCACUGCCUGCAAAUAUUCAAACGUUCCCGAAUUUCACGGCAUUACCGGAACAAAACGAAACUGUCUGCAGCGAGCUCAGAAUUUCUUCAUCCGAUUCAUCCAAUAUCAGUUUGAAUUUCUUCAUCACGCUAAUUACGGUUAUAAGUAUUAGAACAUUCGUUUUCUAAGGACAUUGAAAAAAAUUUAUUAUCGUACGAAUUUGUAUAUCGGCGAAGAUUUAUUAUUUAUUGAACGAAUCUACGUGAUAACCGAUCUCUCGUUAUUCUCGACUGUUCGAAACAGAUCGAAAAUUUUCGGAUAUUACGCUGGUUACGAUUACGAAUCUCUUCUCGUUCACCUCGUCCUCCUUCGAGAGAGAGAGAGAGAGAGAAAGAGAGAGAAAUAGAAAUAGAAAUAGAAAGAGAGAGAGACAGAAAUAGAAAUAGAAAUAGAAAUAGAGAGAAAGAGAGAAAUAGAAAUAAAGAGAGAGAGAGAGAAAUAGAGAGUUAGAUAGAUAGAUAGAUAGAGAGAGAGAGAGAGAGAGAAAUAGAAAUAAAAGAGAAAAAUGACAAAAUUUUAUAAAAAUUUUUAGUCGUCCAGCGUGCAAGUAUGUAUGGAAAUAUAAGAUAUAAUAUAAUAUAAAACAAUGUAAAUACACGAUUUAAUGUAUUUAUGAUAAUUCGUACGCAGUACACUCCUAUUUUAUAUUUUAAUGCGUGUUUUGUAUAAAAAGAUAAUAAAUACGAAUAAA